AUACUAUUGCUUGUCUACGCGGCUUUUGCCAAUAUUAGGUAAAUAUGGCUCCCGAAAAAGAGAACCCUAGUGCGCCAACAACAACUGUUGAGGAUGUCCUCAAGAAGUCUGAGUUUCUUCUCAAGUUUGAUCUGCAGUAUAGUAACCGCGCAACGUCGACAACACCCAGCCAGCUAUCCGCCAUUCUUGAGAAAAUCAAAGACUCCAAGAUUACUACUGUGUCUGAGAUCCCCUUGUCCUCUCUGCGGUCAUGUGUUCCCGAGAUGGGCACCCGAGACCAUUUCUGUCUCGACGACAAGCAGACGGUUGUUAGCGGGACGAUGACGCUAGCGCAAUAUCUGUCGUCCACACAAACGAACACGGCCCUGCUCAAGGAUCAUGCAGCGGGUUCUGUGGUCCUUUUCACCAUCUUUCUAGUCAAAAACCGUAUUCGACCAACCCCGGAAGAUCUUGAGAGAGUCGGAACUGGCCCAGAACUCAAACAUGAGCUUCCUGACGAGGAUAAACUCCGGGGCGACCCGAAUAAGAAUCGUCUCUCCGACGGUUGGAAUAGGAGCUCCCUGUCUGGAGAUCAAUUCGCUACCAGCAGUGGAAACAGGAUCAUACACCCCGCCGAUAUGACGGAGAAGGAAUGGGAAGUGGUCGUCAAGAACAACAUUUUGACACAUGCGUACCGCAUUGACACCUCAGCCAACUCAGCCGUAGUGGCACGCCGACCAUUAUUCAAGCUGAAGCGCCGACCGGCAGAGAUAUUCGUGGUAGACGAUGAUCAAGCCGCUGUCGACACCACGAUCCCAGAGUUCCAGGUCUUCGACGACUCCUCGGUCUCUGUGGUAGAGAUCACGAACGAGGCUCAACAGUCGGCUGCCGACAACUCCUUCUCGUCGUACAGUGUCAAAGCUUCUGCUUCUGGCGGAAUCUUUGGCUACACGGCUGGGGCAUCUGCGGGUGUCUCCGGCGACCACACGGAGAAGAGCGGGUCUACCACCGGCAAGUUCGAGUCCGUUAUGCGAGUGUCUUACAAGUUUCCCCGAGUGAUCGUCUACCUUGAUCACGAGUCCCUGGAGCCCACGGAAGAAUGUAUCAAACUUUUUAAAGACAUCGCUGCACAGACCGAUACCUCCAUCAGGGAUGGCAAGAUCAAGGCAUUCAAGGCAAAGUACGGAGAGGUAUUCUCGACAACCGUCCAGCUCGGAGGGUAUCUCUACAGCACGAAGCUGAGCUCGGCGAUAGCUGCGUCAAGCUCGAGUGAGAAGAUGGAUCGGUUGGCGGUGUCGGCGGGUGUCAAUUUUUCGUCGCCGUACGUCUCCGCGUCUGUUUCCACCGAAAACAGCCACGGCACCGGCGAAUCGAGAGAGCAAUCAUCUUCGAGCAAGCACGAGAGUUUAACCUGGACUGCGAAGGGUGGGGACACAUUGCUCUGCUCAAACCCUCCGGCCUGGGCGGGUACCGUUGGGGAUAUUUAUAACUGGAGAGUUAUCGAGAGAUCUAUGCCGCGCACCAUAGGUGAAGUGCUCCGCGAGAUGCCGGGAUAUGAACCUAUUGCCGAGAUACUCGGUACGAAUAAGCGAGGUAACGGUAAGGUCGAUGGCGGUGGGUUCGAUGACGAUUAGAUAGGUAUUGUUGAUGCAGAGUGUAUAGGUAUCACUUAGGCGCUGUAAGUACUUGAUAGAUAUGACAACACGAAUUUGCUGGGGGAAUGAUAUAAGUAAAAGUUCGGGCUCUUGUGCGAGGUUGAAUUUGAAUACCUUUAAAGGUACAGCGUCGAGUUUACAUAAAUAACACGUUUGCAGCAAGAAAAUGAC